ACUCACAGAAAUACAGGGGGCUGCUGCAAAAACAGACCUAAGGAGCAAACAUGGAUAUUUUUUCAACUGGACAUUGAAAAUCAUUUUUAUCUGGAUUACAUUUAUGGAUGUCCAACAAAGAGCUCUGCUGUGCUGGAAAGAUUGAAAGCUGGAAGCUUACUACACCUAAGUGGAAGUUUAAUGUAGGAGCAAAAAGUGAAAAAUGUUAAGAAAACCCAGGAAAAUAUCUUCAGCAUUACUUCAUGUAGAAACAGCUCUCUUCACAAUGUCACCACUGAUGUAUUUAGCACAGCAUCAGGCUCGUUAAAGAGUGGCAGCGGACUAAAGAUGUCUGACCUCAGCCAAGUUGCAGUGUACUCAGACUCUUCAGAUAUUUACAAGAAUGUGUUCUGCAACCCUGCCUUUGAGCUGGAGGGGGAGCAAGAGGAGAGGGUGGAGGGAUUCAGGACAUCCUCAUCCACCCCUGAACCAAUCAAACCACCAGCAGCUGGUCUAGGUUGGGGUCUGUUUGGAGUGUGUGUGAUGCGUCUGCGGGGCCCCGGUUGUGGCUGGGGGGUGGUGGUGUUCUCUGCUGCUGCCCUUCUCCUGUUAGCAGCCAUCGGACUAGCGCUGGCUCUCAUCCUUACACAGAUUAAAGGCCAGGCAGUGGAGAAUCAGUUGCUGUCCACCAGUGCUCCGGACCGGCUGAAUGCAGGAGAUGGAGCGUCCCCUACUUUACCCACAAUCUCUGCCAACAGAAGUCAACAGGAAAGUACAAUCGCACCACAGCUCGCUAUGAUCCCACCGUCUGAAACACGUUGUGGAGGGGUGCUGUCUGACUCAGAGGGCAGUUUCAGUUCUCCAAACCACCCAGGCUCCUACCCCCCCAACUUGUUGUGUGUGUGGGUGAUCCGAGUCCCACCCUCAAACCUGGUCCAGAUCCAUGUUUCCUCUCUGACUGUAGAGGGACCAUCUCCCUGUCUCUUUGACUGGCUGGAGGUGCAGGAGCAGAUAGAACAGAGCUCUGUGGUCACCAGGUUCUGUGGUAACGUAGCACCAGCGACCGUCAACACAAACAGCAGCACAGUGUGGGUCACCUUCCACUCCGAUGGCAGCAUCGCAGGCAACGGCUUCACUGCACAGUACAGGGCCAUACUGCCUGGACACAAGAGCUGCUCCAGAGAAGAGUUUAUGUGUGACAGUGGUCGCUGUCUGCUGCCUGUGUCUGUGUGUGACGGUCAUCCAAACUGCCACGACCACACAGAUGAAGCAAACUGCAGCCAUAAACACAAAGAAUGUGGUGGGCAGAAAACUGGGCCGUAUGGUUACCUGUCAAGUCCAAACCACCCCAGGCCUUAUCCUCACCAACAGUUGUGCAUCUGGUAUAUUUCUGUUGAGGAGGGUCACGUCAUCACACUGAGCUUCAGGAACUUCAGCCUGGAGACUCAGGAUGUGUGUGAGUUUGACUACGUGGAGGUGCACGACAGCGUCAAUACUGGAGCUGGGAGAGUGCUGGGAAGGUUUUGCGGCACCACCUUCCCUCCAGAGCUUACCUCCUCCGGCCCCCACAUGACUGUGGUUUUUGAGGCUGAUGAGGGAGUGGCCGACAGCGGCUUCAACGCAACAUACCAGACCAUGUCGGUACUGGACAGAACAUGUGGUCCCAGCCAGUUUGCCUGCAGUACAGGGGAGUGUCUUCAGCAGCAGUGGAUGUGUGAUGGAUGGAACGACUGCCCUGACGGUGCAGAUGAGCAGGGCUGUGGUAACUCCACCUACCCCCCCUUCACUUCAUCAUGCGAGUUCAUAGAGGUAGAGAUGUGUCGAAGCCUCAGCUACAACCUCACUUCAUUCCCAAACAUCUGGUUGUCUAUUGCUGAUCAGAGAGAAGCUGGCCACUUCCUGCGACAGUACCGGGUGCUGAUGGAGCUGGCGUGCUUCGAGCCCCUGCGGAGGCUGGUGUGUGGGAUGUUUCUGCCCCAGUGCAGCCCUCAGGGUGGGGUCCUCCAGCCCUGCCGCUCAGUCUGCUCCUCUGCUGAGCAGCAAUGUAGCCAAGCCCUGGAUCUCUUCUCCUUCAGCUGGCCCUUCAACUGCCACCUCCUGCCUGACUCGCAGGACCCCGUGGAGUGCUCGCUGCCUUGAUGCUUCAGUUUGUGUCGUUAGAAAAACAUGAACACAUUUCACACAUAAUUGCAGCAGUGUUUUAAAGACCGAAAGGCCUGCAUUUUACAGAACUGGACACUCACUUUCUGGACUCAGACCAGCAGGUUCCAGAGUUGUGUUGUAGAAAGCGGUUUGACUUGUAGCUCGACUGCAACCCUCAUUACACAAUACCGCCUGUAAAGCUUGUGGAGCAUGCAGAAAAGUGCGGCACAGUAGCUAUUUUAAAAGCUUUAAAAGUGCGUAAAUAAAGUUGUGUUUUUGUGAUUCACAUACCAACUAAGCAAAGUUAAGAUUUUCAAUAUCUCCCCUGUAAAAUAACCAUUACUGCAUUGU